GAAAGGGUUAUAUGGAACAAUUCCCUCGAAGAUUCCUCCAACCUCACCCAAAUUGAUUUUUCCGCAAAUAUAUUGACAAUUACAAUUCCAUCAUCCAUUCCUCGAUCACCUUGCUGCAAUUUUUUCAUCUUUCAUCUAUAAUAAUCAUACAUUUAUAUAGCUAUUUGAAACCGAAAGCAGCGACAUGAGGAGGGUGUUCGGAGUGAAGAAGGAGAAAGAACCCCCUCCAUCCGUGCAAGAUGCUUCAGAUCGGAUCACCAAAAGAGGUGAUAAUGUCGAUGAGAAGAUAAAGAAACUUGAUGCUGAAUUAACGAGAUAUAAAGAGCAGAUCAAGAAAACCCGUCCAGGUCCAGCUCAAGAAGCAGUCAAAGCUAGGGCCAUGAAGGUUCUUAAGCAAAAAAGAAUCAAUUUGCUCGGUGUUAAUAACUGCGUGGUCUAUUUCGUUCUAUACCCGACCCUGAGUCAAGAAACUCUUAUAGCAGUGAGGUAUGAAGGUCAGCGUGAUAUGCUAUACAACCAGACAUUCAACCUGGAUCAAGUUGCAUUUGCUGCUGAGGGAAUCAAAGAUGCUCAACAAACAAUGUCAGCAUUGAAGUCGGCAAACAAAGAGCUUAAAGGAAUGAUGAAAACUGUGAAAAUUCAAGAUAUAGAUGUUUGUAUCUCAUUCCUCUUAUUGUUCACUUCUAUUAACUUGCAAGAUGAGAUGAUGGACCUCAUGGAUGUGAGCAAUGAAAUCCAAGAAUCUCUUGGCAGAAGCUACAAUGUACCUGAUGACAUUGAUGAGGAUGAGCUCAUGGGUGAUAUGGGGUUUGAAACUGAGGGUGAUGGAGUACCUUCUUAUCUUCAACCUGAUAAGGAACCUGAUCUGGAUGGAGAGCUUAACUUGCCAUCCGCGCCAACUGGGCGUGCCCAAAUUCCAGCAGGUCGAGCAAAUGCACAGGAUGAGGAUGAACUAGGUUUACCAGCUGUCCCUAGAGCUUCACUCCGAGGUUAAAGAGGGAAGAAGUCUGACAAUGGUGAAGUUGACCUCCAUCUAUCAUUGCCAUUGUACAUAAGUUUGCAUGAUUCUGUCAUUUAUUGUUAUUCUAGUGAAACCAUUAUGAUGUCGGUUUGGGGAUAAUGGGUGCAAAUUGGAUGUUCUUCACGUGGAACUCCUGAUAAAAUGUGUCCGCAAUAUCGUGAAAAGCACUACGUGAUUCAUCAUCUUUUGUGAUGUUUGUUUGAACUCAAAGGUGGAUGUAUGUAGAUGUCCAGCUUGUUUACUAUCUUGUCAGUAGUAAUGUGAAUACUUGCAAUUUGCUGCCUCUUAAAUGUCUUGUUUUAUCUAAUCGAAGAGAUAAUUUCUGGUAACUUGGUGCGAUGACAUGAUUGUCAUUGAGGAAUUAUGGUACGUUUGGAGGUAUUUGGGCUAUUUUACAGGCAUCCAAAAGCUACAACAAGGGCGGGUUUCAAUGCGGUGAAUAAAUAUCUGGCCUUGUAGGUGGGUGACAAGUUAUUUUUGAAGCAUGCCUUAUCUAUCUAUAUGUAUAC